UUUUUUUAUAAUUACAUAUGCACAAAGAGACAUCAAAGCUUACAUCAAAGGACACAGAUUUUUAGCCUACUUGACUGAUAAGGCCGUUACCUAGACUACAGUUUGUUUGUCAGGGAGGAGCUCACAUACAACUUCAUCUAAUUCAUCAUAACGAUUCGUUACCGUUGUUGUAAUUUCUACAACAGAUUGCCAAGGAUCAGCUGUACGCGCCUCCUCGGGGUUAGGCUUGCCAUAAGCUCGCCUUGCUACCGGGGUAGCUAAAUUGAACUGUAAGGAUGGCAAAGCGACCUCACCAACCUCAGAAGAAAACAACCGUAUUCAACAAGAUUAUGGAUCCGCCAUUCGAACCUUAUUGGGUUAAAGAUCAAGUCCAGACUGGUCUUAAGAGGAGCGAACUAGUGCAGGGAUCUGUGAGAAUCAAUCCGAAGAAUUUCGAAGAAGCUUAUGUUGAUGAUCCUGAUGGUGGACCUGACUUUUUCAUCAGUGGUGUGUUGUCCCGAAACCGUGUAUUCAAUGGUGAUCGUGUGGUCAUCGAAAUAGCACCCAGGGAUAAAUGGAUAACCUCCACCCCUGGCUGUGGUGCAAUGACGAAAGGAUCUAGUCCAGAGAAAACAAUACCCCCAGACCAUGCAACUGGUGGAGAAAGUGUAGUUGAUGGAAAACCUCCAGUCCCUAGAACUGGUGGGGACAGUCUGGUAGACAGACUUUACGCACCCAUGCCAGUGAAGGAAAUGGCCACUGAAUCGCACAGAGGGCGGUCUACAGUAGAGACAGUUCCGAACAAUGUCCGCAGGCCAGCUAAGGUCGUGUUUGUUGUUGAGAAAGUACAUAGCAGAGCCAGUGCUGGUUAUCUCAAGGCCUUUGACAAGACGAGAAAGUUAGCUAUGUUCGCUCCAAGAGACAACAGGGUACCCAGAACUUUUGUUCCUCUUGAUGACUGCCCUAAAGAUUUUUGCGCGAACAUGAAGAAGUAUGAGAACAAUCUGUUUAUCUGCCGUAUUGACAGCUGGCCUGAGCAAUCUCCACUACCUUACGGCAAGCUGAUGCGCAGUCUUGGUGAGGCUGGUGUGGUUGAGAGGGAGAGUGAGGCCUUCCUGAUAGAGAAUGAUGUGGAUUAUAGUGAAUUUUCGGAGGAGGUACUUGCUUGUCUCCCCAAGCAACUGCCCUGGAGCGUGCCUCAGGAGGAGGUUGGCAAGCGGAGAGACUUCAGACAAGAGUGUGUGGUGACCAUUGACCCUGACACAGCCAGAGAUCUUGAUGAUGCACUGCAUGUGAAACACCUGGAGAAUGGCACACUGGAAGUUGGUGUCCACAUUGCUGACGUCUCACACUUUGUCACGCCUGGGACAGCACUUGAUAAGAUUGCUGGUCAACGAGCCACUAGUGUUUACCUUGUGCAAAAAGUGAUUCCUAUGCUGCCAAGACUGUUGUGUGAGAAGCUGUGCAGUCUGAACCCCAAUGAAGACAGGCUAACAUUUUCUGUUGUAUGGACCUUAUCCAAUACAGGACAGUUCAUCUCUGAGUGGUUUGGGAAGUCAAUUAUUCGCUCUUGUGCCAAGCUCAGCUAUGACCAUGCUCAGUUGAUGAUUGACGGAGAGAAGAGUCAUGACACCUUCCCAGAAGUUUAUGGAGGUUUCACUACUGAGAAAGUCGCUGAAUCUGUAUGUAGUCUGAAUAAGUUGGCAGAAGCAUUGAGAACCCAGCGUCAGUCUAAAGGCACUCUCAGACUUAAUCAGGUGAAGCUCAAGUACAGUAUUGAUCCAGUUACUGGUCUGCCCAGUGGCUGUCAACCAUACAGGCACAAGGAGAGCAACAGAAUGAUUGAAGAGUUCAUGUUGAUGGCAAACAUGGCAGUGGCUCGCAAAUGUUUCCUUGGCAACCCAGAGGUGGCUCUACUGAGGAGACACCCUCCUCCUAAAGCAAAAGCAACCGAGAUAUUGACAGCAAGACUUCAAGAACUGGGCAUUGAGUUGGACACAACAACUGCUGGGUCCAUUCAGAAAUGCCUGGACAGCUUCUGUGGACGUUCCUCAGACCCUCUCGCCUGUGAGACAGAGAAACUGAUAAUAGUCUCACAGUGCUCCAAGAUUAUGGAUCUUGCUAACUACUUCUGUGCUGGAUUUACUGAGGCGGAUAAAUAUUCCCACUAUGCCCUCAAUGUGCCCUUCUACACUCACUUCACCUCCCCCAUCAGGCGAUAUGCUGACAUCAUUGUCCAUCGUCAGCUGGCUGCUACUCUUGGCGAGGGCCCUCCAUAUCAUCGGAGCUGUGACGACGUCCAGGAACAAGCCAUGACCUGUAACAAAAAGAAAAAAUCUGCCAAACAAGUUGAGGAGCUCAGUUCAGAGCUGUUCCUCUCAAUCAUGAUAAAGGAGUGUGGUCCAUUUGAGACAAAAGGAAUGGUGACGGCAAUACUUGACAAGUCAUUUGAUGUGUAUAUCAGGGACUUUGGAGUUGUAAAGCGAGUAUACUGUGAGAAAUUGCCGCUAAAGAAGUUCACCUUCUCUAGUCGUGGGAAGGAGCAUAGUUCUCAGCUCGUUCUUGAAUGGCAGGAUUCUGAGCACACUUGCACGGAGGUUCUCAAGGUAUUCACUGUGGUGAAAACUUCUGUUCAGAGUGGAAAAUCAUCCUUACAAUAUGAGGUGAUGAUAUAUCCUAUAGUGACCUGAUCAAGUAACCAAUGUGAGUGGGAUAGUGUCGAUCAUAAUAAAUAUUGACUUUGUCAUUUGUAUUAAAUUUUUAUGUGUUAAAAUUUAUCAUGUAUAUAUUUGUUUGCACAACUAGUACUGCUGUUCUUUAAUCAUUUAAGUUGGCUUAUGGAAGCUGUAAAUAUUGUUGUAUUGAACA